AUGAAUUUGAAUAUUAGGAUACUUAUAUUAUUAUUAGUAGUACUUUGUGAGUUUAAAUUUAUUAGUGGAAAUUAUAUUACUGAAGUUACAUCAGAACAACCUAAAAGUGCAAAUUCGAAGUAUUUUCGAUCAAAAUGGGAUAAAUUAAAGAAUUCUUUAAGAAAUAGUAAACUGAAAUCAUCUGUUAAAAUCAGUAAUUCUGUAAAAAGAUCUAGAAAGGAUUUAGAUAUAGCUUCUAGAGAUAAAGGAAAUAAGGUAAAAAUUCAAGAGUUAGAAAAUGAAAUAGAGCGACUUAAUAAAUUAAGAAAAAGUACUAAAAAUCCAAUUAAAAAGUUCCAUUUAUACAUAAAAGCUGAAUAUGCUAAAUCUAAACUAAAACGUGCUAAGAAAGAAGCUUUAGAUGAUAUUAUAUUAAGGGAACUUGAGGAAGAUAUGCCUAUUGAUAAUAGUCCAGAAUUACUUUCUCAUGAAAUUGAGGGAUCAAUAGAUAAGGAUGAGAUGUCAGCAAAUAGAAUUGAAAUACCAUUACAUGAUAUUGAAAUGCCAAUAGAUGAUAUUGAAAUACCAAUAGAUGAAGAUGAAAUGUCAGAAGAUAGAAUUGAAAUACCAAAAGAUGAUAUUGAAAUACCAAAAGAUGAUAUUGAAAUACCAAAAGAUGAUAUUGAAAUACCAAAAGAUGAUAUUGAAAUACCAAAAGAUGAUAUUGAAAUACCAAAAGAUGAUAUUGAAAUACCAAAAGAUGAAGAUAAAAUAUCAACAAAUAGAAUUGAAAUACCAAGAAAUGAUGCUGAAAUAUUAAUAGAUAAUACUGAAAUACCAAUACAUGAAUUUGAAACAUCAAUAAAUGAAAUUGAACUACCAAUAGGUGAACCUCUAGCAGCAUUUAUAUAUAAAGACUUUGGUAGUUCAAUUAAAGGGAUAAAACCUCAAGAUUUUGAAGAAGCACAAAUACAGGCUGAAUUAGAAUCUGAAAUUGAAGAAAGUGGAUCCAAUUUUACUAAAAAAGUGGGAAAUAAAGAGAAACUAGGGGAAGAAGUUGUUGAAUUGAUUGAUGAAUCAAGUAAUAAGAAGGGAUUUUUAAAAAAUAAAAUUUUUAAAUACUUAGGAUGCUCAAGUUUAUUUAGUUGUCACUCAAUAAAAAGAACAAAAGAUCUAAAUAAAUUGCAAGAAUCUCUUGAACAUGCUAAAAGAAAAUUGUCCAAUUCCACAAAUAUUAUUGCAAAUAAAUAUUGGGGUAAUAAAGUCAUUUCACUUGAAAAUAGGAUCAAUGAAUUAACAUCUUCUGCAUUAGAUUUUGUUGAAAGUAAGCUGAAAGAUGUGACAGAUAAAGUGGACAAAACUGAUAAAGAAACAGAAGAAAUUAUAAUUGAUGGAAAUACAGACACCAAUAAAAUUGAUAAAGAAAUAGAAGAAAUUAUAACUGAUGGAAAUACAAACACCAAUAAAAUUGAUAAAGAAAUGGACAAAAUUAUAACUGAUAGAAAUACAGACACCAAUAAAACUGAUAAAUCAACGGAUGAAGAAAAGAAUUAUGAAACUGAUAUAGAUAGAUAA